AUGCUCGCGAAGAGGCUAGUGCUUGUGGCAACUUUACUUCUUGCCACCGCUGCUGUGCUCCCGCAGCCCGGAGCCUGCUCCUUUGCAACCAUUGACGCGGUUCUCGCCACGGCGGGUGGAGUCGUGGGCUCGGUCAAAUUUCCCCGCCCGCGGCCGUCGUUUGCGAAUAUUUCGUCGGCGCCCGGAUACGUAUCGAUGUUCAUGCCGCCAACGCCGCUCAAUCAAGUCCCCUACUGGGCACCCUAUGCUCGGGUGCUGAAGUAUGUGCACAGCGCGCCGCGGGUGAUCUUUACCAACAAAGCCGGAGUGAUGAUCCAGAUUACCGACUCCUACGAGAAAGGGUACUGCCCGCUACCUGCGGGCGGUAGUCACGGAGACACCAAAUUGCGCGCCGUCUUUACUGCGUACACCCCAGGCACAGCGUUUGGUCUCGAUUCAGAGUAUCUUAAUUGUGGCUCAUAUCAAGAGGCCGGAUACAGUAUUGUGGGUCAUAUUGGCGAUCACAACAUUGCCACUCUCGGCAACAGCAGCAUCACCAUCGCCGCCGCCGUCCCGAACCACACCGGUGUCCGCCUCCAUACGCGGACCUCGCCGGGAACGUGGGAAGUCGCUGAUCCGCUGUGGUACAUCACUCCGGCGAACGGGAUUGGUAUGGUCGAGAUGGAAGACGGCUACUUUUUCGCACUCACUACCCAGACACCCAACGUCGAGUGCAAGGUCUACGCCACGCCACCAGAAGGCGUGUGGCCGCCCGGAGCCGCAGUUGCCACAACUUCGUGUGGCUAUUCGUCGACGGGCCAGCUGACUCCAAUUGUCUCGGUCAAGUCGCAAGAUCCAUCCGAUAAUUACUACGCCAUGUUCGCGUACGACAAGGGCACGAAAACGCUCGUGCUUUUCAUCAUAGAGCAAGUGUCCGGCGCCAACGUGGUCGUCACGGCGCGCGAUCCGGCACAGUAUUGGUCGCCAGCCGGAGCCAUAACUAUGAUUGGCUCGUCUCGCAUUGUCGCUCUCGAUCCAGGUGGCUAUGUCCUCGCAUGGGUGCACCCUGGCCAUCCCGAUGACGACGGCGGGAGCGGCGUCAUUGCUCGGGUUUUCCGCUCCGACGGUGAGCCACUCACAGAUGAGUUUGUGGUGGGAAAGGGCGUGAUAGACACGGGAAAUGACGAAGAUGACGUCGCUGUCUUUGUGGAGGAUGGUUUUCUCGCCUUUGGCGUCACCUUUUUGUCCGACGCUGGUGUGGCAAAGCACUACGUUGCCUCGUUCUCGCUUGACGUGUCCGGCUUUGACUGGAAUUCGCAGACGAACGUCGUUUUGCGGACUUCGCCGCUAGCAGACAUGCCGGUGCCGCCGAGCAUGACGAUGGAUGCAACGGCGUUGCGUGCUGGUACUCGAGUUCCACAUCGAUUUGCACCGGGCCUGUUCUCGGCCUUUGAAACUGCUAUCAUGUAUCGAGUCCAUUAUGAGACGUACCUUGGCUAUACCCACGUUGCCCUCUCUCGUGAUCGCAUCGUGCUUGACCCAGUGCGGUGCAGUGAGCUCGGUGCGCCUGCUUUCAAUCUGGAGUGCCUUGCUGCUGCUCUCGUGGCACCGGCUGUCAACGACCUACCGGCUAUCAACCACGGUUUCCACAUUCGGCUCCCGGCCGGGACGUGGACCGGUUGCCCGCCACAAGGCGUGACGAUUCCGUUUGCGCUCACGCUUGCGGGCGAUGGGCAGGGUGCCACAGUUGUCGAUUGCGCCGGCGCCGGUCGUGCGUUUGUCUUCAACGGCACAGGACUGGCGCCCCAUGCCGAGCUCGCGGGCUCGGUUGUCUUGGCCGACAUGACAAUCAAGAACGGGUGGGUCGCAGCUGCGGUGCCCGCGGCUGGCUCCAUUGUGGCGGGUGGAUGUGUGGCGGUCAUCGACUUUGCAGGCACCGGCGUAUGGGUACACGUCCAGGAUGCAACGCUUUCCAACUGCACUGUGACGAGCGAGGCAACCGAGCAAGUGCCGCGGUCCUCGACGAGCAACGCCGAUGUCGAGUACGAUGUGACGCUUGUUGGUGGCGGGCUUGGCGUGGUCAACACGGCCGACGUCUGGGUCUCGCGAGUCCGGAUAGAGCUCUGCAGCGUGACCAUGCCAUACCUUCCGGUCUUUGCAUCGUCGCUCUUGCGCACGCCGCGAAUGUAUGGGGGAGGGCUCGGUGUGAUGUUCGACCAGAUGGUGGGUGCAUCGUAUGACGCGGCCGUUGAUGACCCACGCAGUCGAGGCGUGGUCAUCGAAGACUUCACUGCGGUUGGCAACUUGGUGAUGACACCGUCGUCCCGAGCUAUCGGCGGGGGCGGUGGUGUGGCCGUUGCAGCUCUUCCGGUUGACAUCGGCUUGAUUAUCGUUGCGUCGGUGGCAGCUGACGGCAACUCAGUGUCUGGAAGCCAGCUUGCCGGUGGCGGCAUGCUCUUUGCCGACACCGCGCUACGGCCGGCGUCGACAUUCAUUGGCCCAUCGCUUGCUCUUUCGAACAACAAGGCACCGAGCGGUGGUGGAUUGGCCCUUUCAGCGGUGACGUCGACAUCGAUUGAGCUGAUUGAGCUACUUGGACUCGAGCUGCGGGGCAACAUCGCCGUCGGUGUCGGCGGCGGCCUGAGUGUGGCUUCGCCAAGCUCGGCCGAUGCUCGGGUAGUGAUCCGUGAAGCAGUCGCUGCAGGCAACACGGCUGGCACGAGUGGUGGAGGCACAGGCAUUGCUGGCCUUGCAUUGGUGAUUGUCUCGAACUCGACCUUUGACGGCAACCACGCCAUGCGCGGUGGCGGGCUGGCCGUCGCUGAUCAGGCCAUCCUGCAGCUGGACAAUACGCAGGUUGUGGGCAACACUGCGGAGUAUGGCGGAGGCCUUGCUGCAGAGGGUACGACAUGUCUACUGCAGUCUGGAUGCGCGAUUACUGGCAACGUUGCGGGCCGGUACGGCGGCGGCGCGCUCGUCUCGUCGGGCACGCUGACGUAUGCGGCGGGAGACGUGGCGGUGUCAGGCAACCGAGCUGAGAUUGCGGGCGGUGGCGUGUUUGAGUGUCUCCUCUCGCAGGCGUGUGGCAAGACUCUUGCCUCGCCGUGCAAUGGAGUUGGAAGUGGCGACGUGAGCAGCAUGACAUACGUUGAGAGCAUCUCACCUGCGGACGCUGCGGCGCAGACGACGCUCAACACGCCGUCAAACCUUGCAUCUGACCCGGUGGCUCUUGUCAAGACGGACGGCACGACGACAGGCAUGGUGGCCACGAUCUCGUCAGGCCAGGCGCCGUUUCCCAGUCUUGCUGUCCACGCGGUGGAUUCGUAUGGGGCGAUGUCGCUGUUUGCGUACAAUGCGCGGCUGGUGGCAGUCGCAGAUGCAGGCGGUGCGGCCGCGCUCGCGCUCGCACCGGCUUAUAUUCCAGUGGGGUCGGCCGAACAGAUGAGCGUGGCGACGGCGACGUGCAGCAGUGAUGCGGGCGGCAGGUGCGAGCUGAGCCAGGCGCGCGUGCUUGCGUUGACUGUAGACGAUCUGUCUACGAGCUACGUGGUGGGCGUGGAGAUGGAAGACAUGACUUGUGUGAGGCUUGCGACGCCGAUGGUGGUGGCGAUUAUGCCAUGCAAGGAGAAUGAGAUCACGGUGGUUAGCAGCACGGUCACGUGUGAGGUUGCUUGCACCGCUGGCGAGUACCUCGACGGCGAGCAGUGUUUGGCUUGCAAGCCAGGGACGUUUCGGUCGGACGCGAGGCACCAGCUGGAGUUGUGCAGUACAUGCCCCGGGGGUAUGUUCUCGUUUGGUGGCGCUGCGGCGUGUCGGGUGUGUCCGAUUGGUGGCGACUGCUCGGAUCCAACGCGGAUCCUUGCUGCGCCUGGCUUCUGGUACCCAUAUGGCAAUGCGAGUGCGCAAUUAGACAUGGGUGCGUUCCUGGCGUGCGAGCCGGCCGAGGCAUGUCCAGGCGGAGCCGGAUACACGCAGUGUGCUCCAGGAUACGCAAACAACUUUGCGUGCUCCAAGUGCAACAUGGUCUCGGUGGUGAUUGUGAUCGCGCUGGUGGCGGUGGGAAUUGCGGUGGGAAUUGUUGUUAUCACCCUCGUGGUGCGAGCGCAGCGGAUGAAGACGCAACGACGUGUGCGCUCGCUUUCUGUUGUGCCGCAAAUUGUCAAGACGGCGAUCAAUACUGCGCAAACACUCGCAGUGGUGUUUGCGUUACGUGCGCAGACGUCAAAGCUGCUGGCGACGACGGCUGCGCAAGCUCUCACGUUCUCAGCGCUCUCGAUGGACAUUGUGCCGAUCCGGUGCCUGAGCAACUUGAGCGUGUACCAGUCGUUUGUGGCGACGAUGCUUGUGCCAAUCGCCAUCGUGUUUGUCUCAGGACUGUGCAGCUUGGUCGCGUCGCCGACACAGCCUGCACUAGCGGCACGACAAGCUGCGACUAUUGCUGCGGUAGGGUUUUUCCUCGCCUAUCCUGCGGUGGCACGCUCGGCCAUGUCAAUGCUUGCUUGCCGAGCGUUCUCGCUCCGGUCUGGGCUCUGGCUCGCUGACGAUCUCGACAUCCAGUGCUUUGUGGGGAGCCACGCAGUGUAUGCAGGCGUCGCUGUGGUGGCCAUUGUGGUGUAUGUUGUGGGAGCGCCUCUGGCGCUCCUGCUUGCGCUUCGUGCGGCGCCUGCGGAUCGCUACUCGCGAUGGUCGUUCUUUGCCGGCCAAUACCGCAGUCGAGUGUGGUUCUGGGAGUGGGCCAUUCUGAUUCGCAAGGUGGGCAUGACCGCGCUUGCGGUGUACUCGCGGCGCGCAGUGGAGCAGCUGGUGAUGACGAGCCUGGUGCUCAUUGUUGUGCUUGGCGCGCAGCUGUAUGCGCAGCCACUGAUUCUGCGGAAGCUCAACAAUGCCGAAGCCGGGGGCGUUGCCGUCUGCAUCUACGUCGUCUUGGCUACGUUUGCGAUCUUCUCGCGGGACCGGACAGACGCCGACGUCGAGUCGGCCGGCCGGGCCACGCCCGCGCGUUCCCAGUUUGUGUCGUUCUUGGAGUACUCGGCGCUCGCUGCCAUUGCGGGCUACUUUCUCUGGCUCUUCUCGCUCGUUUUUACCAUGCGACGGGCGGCAAGCGCGAUCGUUCCGCUUUCCUACUCGCAAUCCGAGCCCGGGUCCGAGUCAGGCGACAACGUGUCGGCCACCGAGCUCGUCGUCGUCACAUCAAGAGGCAAGACAGUCGUCUCGGGCUCCAGCUCGAGCUCGGACUCGAAAGAUCUCGACACGUACUCGGGUGCAAUGCCGAUGUCAUCGUCAUCAACUUUGUCGACGCUGUAG